AUCUUAUAAUGGUCUUGUGAAAACACCAUCUGGAAAACGCCAAUAUGUAAAACCUCGAAGUGCUCGUAAAUUGCUUCCUAGGUGUGACUGUAAAUUGAGCAUGUCAGGAAAAGGAAUAGUUCAAUGUCGUGAAAUGACUGAUGAAAAUCGUGAAAUCUGUUUCAACGAAUUCUGGUCUAUGGACUGGUCAGCAAAGAAAGCUACAGUUCGAAGUUUAGUUACUCAUUCAUUACCUAAAGACACUCGACAUCGAAAGGGAGCUGUUUCUCGAAGAAAUACAUCACUUCAAUUUCAUCUUACUAUACAGAAUGCUGAAGAACAGAAAAAAAUUCGAGUUUGCAAAACCAUGUUUUUAAAUACCUUCGGUUUAAGGGAGUGGACAGUUCUCAACUGGGUAAAAGUCGGAUUUGAUGAAAAGGCACCUAAGACCAAUCAUUUAAGAACCGCGAAUAGUGAAAGAAGACGUGGCAUCGUAAAAGAUUUCUUAGGAUUACUACCAAAAAUGGAGUCGCAUUAUUGUCGUAAGGACACCUCUCGCCUAUAUCUUGAAUCUAUUUGGGACAGUCUGAGCCAUGUUUAUCGUGAAUAUCAAAAGUAUUGCAAGGAGAAGGAAGAGAAGCCUCUUGAUUACACAGGAUUUAACGAUGUUGUUGAGGAACUGAAGAUAAGUAUAUUCAAGCCACGGAAAGAUCGAUGUGAUUUCUGUGUAGGCUAUGAGAAUGGAAGUUUAGUUAUCAGUGAUGCAGAUUAUCAGCUUCAUCGACAGAAGAAAGACAUAGCUCAAAAUGAGAAGACUGCCGAUAUUAAAAAUCUAGAAAAGAAGUUUGUUUUCUCUAUGGAUGUUCAAGCUGUCAUGGUAUGCCCAUUGAUGAAGGCAUCUGCUGUGUUCUUCAAAACGAAACUAAACGUACAUAAUUUUACUAUUUAUGACCCGAGAACUCAUGAUGGUUUAUGUAACCUUUGGGACGAAUCAGAAGCUGAUUUGCAGUCAAGUGUCUUCGCUACCAUGAUUAUAGACUAUUUAGAACAUUUACCUUUAACGGAAGGAGAUGAGAUAAUUAUGUGGAGUGAUGGUUGUACUUAUCAAAAUCGUAAUGCUGUACUGUCCAAUGCUCUCUUAAACUUUGCCAUGAAGCGACAAGUAACUGUAAUACAGAAAUAUCUCGAGAAAGGUCAUACGGAGUUGGAGUGUGAUGCAAUGCACGCAUGCAUCCAAAGAAAAUUCGCUAAAAAGAACAUCUACUUACCUAGCACCUACCAGAUGUAUUGUGAAACAGCUAGGCUGAAAUCAGAUAUCAAGAAACCUCAUCCAUACGUUACAAAAUACUGGCACUUUGAAGAAUUCUUUGACUUCACAAAACUUUCUUGGUACCCAUCUAUCCGACCUGGAAAGAAAACUGGCGACCCAUGUGUCACUGAUAUUAGAGCUUUGCGCCAUGGACCAGAUGGAGUGCUAUCUUACAAGCUUGACCAUUCAUCUGAAACAUGGGACGUAUUGCCGACACGCAAGAAAGCUCCAAAGAAAGUUCCAAAUUUGAUUCCAAAGCUAUUUUCUACUCGCCGACGAAUUAAGGAUACAAAAUUUCGCGAUCUCCAAAGUUUAAAGGCUGUACUUCCUAGGGAUACCCACGAUUUUUACGAUAACUUGCCUCAUUAGGCAUCUAUUUUGUUUUUUUUUAUGUUAUUUACUUUUAUCAUUUCAUUCGGUUUUUUAAAUCGAAAAUGCUCAUUCAAAAUAAUAAUAUUAAAAUAAAUCAGUUGAUUUUAUUUUCUGAUGUUUUUUGUUUAACAAAACUUUGAGCUUAUUAUGUCAAAGAAAGUGCAAUAAUUUGGGAAAUGAAUAUUGUA